AUGUCAUCGUCAAGAGAAAAUGCGGAAGGCAACACACCGCACUUGCUAUUCACGGCACCGUCCUUCGGCCCGAGACACCAGACAACAUCAGCAUUGAAUCCUCAAACCCACGCUUCACGACUCUAUCGACGACGAAAAUCGCAAAGUGAGAAUCAUGACGACAAACGAAUCCGUCUCCAACCUCCUCUUGGUGACCCUAAAACUUCGGAGUCAAGUAUUUACAGAGGUUCAUUCAGCCAUAGUCCACGCCGAUCCAGGUCUCUACGAACAGAGAGUCUUGCCCCGGCUUCACCUCGAAUGAGUAUGAGCGAUGCCCACCUUGAGGAUUUGUUGCAAAACCUCAAUUUUGAUCUUGAAACCUAUGGUCUAGAUGAGAGCCGAGAUGGUUUCUUCGAUGCAUCGUUCCUUAAGCCUACCCAGGUCGAUCACGAGGAUCUCAUGAACGAUGCGGAGUGCACACUUCCUAUAGCUUACAAGAAAGCAAAUCCUCUUUCUCCCAAAGCAUUUCUUCCAAAGCAAUGGCACGAGGUCAAAGGCGUCUUCCGAGCUGUGAUGACCACAAGAGCGGGCAUCAAGCUCGCCAAAUCCUUCUUGGCAUUCUUCAUCGCAUAUAUACUAUGCCUCGUUCCUGUCAUCGUAAAAUGGCUUGGUCGGUAUAGUUACAUUAUGGUCUUGUCCACUAUUGUCAACCACCCUGGACGAUCCAUCGGAGCUCAGAUUGAUGGAACCUUUCUCACUAUUACGGGUUCUGCCACUGGUCUUGGCUGGGGCGCAUUCGCUCUUUGGGUGUCGGACUCUACAUCCGUAGCACGCAGAGGCUAUGGUGGAAUCUUGGCCACAUUUCUCGUCCUUUUCAUGGGAACUAUCGCAGCUCUAAGAUCUUAUUACAUCAGACUCUACCAGCUUGUUUUGUGUGCUGGUAUCGCAAUCAGUUACACAUGUCUAGCUGACACGUCCGAAUCGAUUGCCUGGAAGAAGUUGUUUGACUACGCUAUUCCAUGGCUAUUUGGUCAAGCAAUUUGUCUCUUGAUCUGUUGUACCGUGGUUCCGGAUGCUGGAGCGAGACUUCUAGCAGUCGAUUUACAUGAUGCUUUCCGUGUUAUGCAAGACGGGUUGAAGCUUCCUCACCCAGAUAGUCGCAAUCUUCAUAGGCAACUUGCUUGGACGUUUGUCAACCUUUCGCAAGCAUACCGAGAUCUCGUCCUUGAUAUCUCCAUUACCCGUUUCAAACCCGCUGAUGUGAUGGCACUUCGGAAUCUCAUGCAGGCAGUCAUCAGAUCUUUCCUAUCUCUAAAGAUGCAAACACAACUGUUCGACGACUUCGACGACCCUGAGCAUACUGGAGUUGGAGAACAGCAAGAUAGUUCACCAGUAAAGCAGACUCCCACUAAAGCUUCUGAGAACACACAAACAAGAGCCAAUGAUGCCGACGACACCAUCAUUGACAUUGAUACCUCAAGAAAACGACCCUCGAUCUUCAGGACAGCUACACAGGAGCGAGCUGUCAGACUGGUAGCGGACAGAUUAGCUGAACCUACAUCAAAACUCCUGUCGUGCAUGAGAUCUGCUCUAGCACGAUGCGAUGCCGUCCUUCUCGAGAUGUCCGGUCAUCGAAAAUACCUUGGGCCUCCUGAAGAUGUGUCGACAGACAUCUUGGCUGCUCUUACCAAGAUCCGCAAAGCGAUGAUCAAAUACGACGAAGAAGAGGAGCUGCUCAUGAAAAGUCCCGAUCUACCUCCAACAUAUUCAAAUCACCCAGAAGUCGUCGAGCUUUUCCUAUUUGUGCAUCCCAUCAGGCUGGGCGCUACUAGUGUCGAAGCUCUGCUAGUCAAAGUCAAUGAGAUGCAGCAAAGACGUCCAGGCUGGAGGCUAUAUUUGCCAUCAUACCCAUUCGCCAAGGCUCUGCAAAGGACAAACGCUCAAGUUCGACACGACAGAGGGGGCUUGACUGCAGGUUAUUACUUCCGAAGCCAGAGUCAACUCGCAAGAACGAUGAAAGGAAUGGCGAACGUCUACAAGCCUCUACCUCGACAUCAAGGUUCUCAAGCUGAGGAGAAGGAUGAUCCUAUUGACAGCCUCGGCCGAUCAGAUACUAUUGGCAAAUAUGAAGAAGAGGAAGAUAUUGCAAUGGACAGGGACUCGCAAGCUACAAGGAAGCAACGACUGCGGUAUAAGAUGUGGGUAGUUUUACAUCGAUUGCAAGGUUUUGAAACGAGAUUUGCUUUGAAAGUUGCGAUAACGACCUCGCUGUUAUCUAUUCCUGCAUGGCUUAGUCAAAGUCGAGGUUGGUGGAACGAAAAUGAGAUCGGUGGCAACCUUCAAGAUCUCGUCACUCGUGCCCUCUGCGGCGUCUUAGGAGCUGUUUGGGGAGGAAUAGCUUACGGUGCAAGAAAUGGCAAUCCAUACGUGAUGGCUGCAUUCGCCGUCAUCUACAUGUUACCCAUGAUGUAUAGAUUCACGCAAAGCUCCCAUCCUCGAUCAGGAAUCGUCGGCUGCAUCUCGUUCGUGGUUGUCUCUUUGGGAGCAAAAGCCGCAGAUGGUCUACCGUCCGUUGUGCAGAUUUCUUGGACUCGAGGCCUAGCUUUCGUGGUUGGAGUUGUGGCGGCAGUUGUUGUGAAUUGGAUUCUAUGGCCAUUCGUUGCAAGACAUGAACUUCGCAAGGCCUUAUCUGCAAUGUUGAUUUAUUCCAGCAUCAUCUAUCGUGGUGUUGUGGCAAAAUAUGUCUAUUAUGAGAAGGGAGAAGAACCAGGGAAAGAAGACGUGGAGAGAUCAGAAAUGCUCGAAGGUCGUCUCCGCGAAGGCUUUGUCCGCAUCCGUCAACUCAUGGCCCUAACCCGCCACGAAAUCCGCCUCCGCGGCCCCUUCAACCCCCUCCCCUACUCAGCCCUCAUCGACGCCUGCGAGCGCUUCUUCGAAUACCUCGUCGCGGUCCGGCAAUCCUCCCUCUUCUUCCACCCCCACUACAUCUCCGACAGCGAACAAGCAGCCGAGUCCCUGCUCUCUUACCGUCGAGACGCUGUUGCUGCUAUUCUUAUGAAUCUCUACGUCUUGGCUGGGGCUUUGAGAGGCGAUAGGCCUGUGCCUAGAUAUCUCCCCUCCGCUGCCCUUGCGAGAAAAGCCCUGCUAGAUCACAUGGCGCUGCUUGAAUCGCAGAUGGCGAGUACGGAGUCGCCUUCUCGUGUCGUGUCGAAUAGGAAGUGGUCGCAGAUCUAUAGUUAUUCUUAUAGUCAGAGCUUGACAGGUUGUGUGAAGCAGCUGGAGCAGUUGCAGAUUUAUGUUAAGGAGAUUGUUGGGGAGCAGGGGUUAGUUUUCUCUUUUGCUUUCUCGUUUGGAGAGUGA